UUGUCUGCCUGAGCAGAGUUGAGGGAGUAGACCUCGGAAGGGGGACACCACCCUCUGAAGCCAUAGCGUCAACGAUAAUUUUCAGCAGCUAGCACCACCCAACAUACUACUUUGUUUUUGAGUCUUUUAACGCUUCCCACACAUUGAAAGCUCCAGUCAGACAUGGCUGCGCAGUGUGUAACCAAGGUGGAGCUGACUGUGUCCUGUGACAAUCUCCUGGACAAAGACAUCGGCUCCAAGUCCGAUCCUAUGUGUGCCCUGUUUAUGAGCAGCUCUGAUUCCCAGUUUUAUGAGGUGGGACGCACAGAGAAAGUCCAGAAUUGCCUCUCCCCAAAGUUCGCAAAAAAGUUUGUCGUCGAUUACUAUUUCGAAAUAGUGCAGAAACUGAAGUUUGGGGUUUAUGACAUCGACAACCAAACGAUUGACCUGAGUGACGAUGACUUCCUGGGGCAACUGGAGUGCACUUUGGGACAGGUUGUGUCCAGUAAAAAACUGACCCGGCCACUUGUUUUGAAGAACAAGACCCCUGCAGGAAAAGGGACCAUCACAAUCAGUGCUGAAGAAAUAAAAGACAACAGGGUGGUGAAUUUUGAAGUUGAAGCUAGGAAACUAGAUAACAAGGAUUUUUUUGGGAAAUCUGACCCUUACUUGGAAUUCUACAAGCAAACAGCAACUGGAUGGCAGCUGGCUCACAGGACUGAGGUGGUGAACAACAACUUGAAUCCAACAUGGAAGCCCUUUCGAAUCCCCCUGCAGUCUCUCUGUGGAGGAGACAUGGACAAACCUAUAAAAGUUGAGUGUUAUGACUAUGACAAUGAUGGCUCACAUGACCUUAUUGGAAUCUUUGAGACCACAAUGACACGCUUCCAACAAGCAUCACGGACAUCUCCGGCAGAGUUUGAAUGUAUCAACAGUAAAAAGAAGCAGAAGAAGAAAGGCUACAAGAACUCUGGUGUUGUGAGCGUGAAGCUAUGCCAGGUGGUGAAGGAGUAUACCUUCCUGGAUUAUAUAAUGGGAGGCUGUCAGCUCAACUUCACCGUCGCCAUUGACUUCACAGGCUCCAACGGGGAUCCGAAGUCUCCUCAGUCUCUGCAUUACAUCAGUCCUCAGGGUGUUAAUGAGUACCUCACCGCUAUCUGGUCUGUGGGCAAUGUCAUCCAGGACUAUGACAGUGACAAGAUGUUUCCUGCUUUUGGCUUUGGAGCCCAAAUUCCUCCCACAUGGCAGGUUUCUCAUGAGUUUCCUCUCAAUUUCAACCCGUCAAAUCCCUUUUGUGCAGGUGUUGAGGGUGUGGUGGAAGCAUACAGGGUGUGUCUGCCACAGGUCAAACUCUACGGUCCCACCAACUUCUCCCCUAUCAUCAACCACGUAGCCUGCUUUGCAAAGCAAGCCCUCCAGCAGACUACUGCAUCACAAUACUUUGUCCUGCUGAUCAUCACUGACGGAGUGAUCACAGACAUGGAUGACACACGCAGCGCCAUCGUCAACGCCUCUCGACUGCCCAUGUCGAUCAUCAUUGUUGGAGUUGGGGGGGCAGACUUCAGCGCCAUGGAGUUCCUGGAUGGAGACGACGGAUGUCUGCGCUCUCAGACGGGCCAGGCUGCCAUGCGAGACAUUGUGCAGUUUGUGCCAUUCAGGCAGUUUCAGAAUGCUCCUCGAGAAGCCCUGGCAAAGAGUGUUUUGGCAGAAGUUCCAGCUCAGGUGGUGAACUUUUUCAAUACCACGAAGCUGACUCCUCCCAACUCUGACCCUGCACAAAAUCCUGCACCAAACCCGGAAGGGACCAUCUGAUACCACAGGGAAGAAACUAAGCAUAGACCAAUUCAUCUCUCACAGAUAAAAAGCGACUUAAUCUCAUUACAAAUUAGACAAAUGUCAUUUGUACACUUCACUAGCUUAGCCCUUUUUUUAUUUCACCAGCUUAACGAAACACCGGCAUGUAGCUCAGCUUAGCCAAAGACAACAACCCCACAAUACAUUGCACAUAAGCACUCCACUCUUUUGACCAACCUGUGUUUUUUAAAGUGCCAAAAUAGAUCUUGCUUUUGGCAGAUAACCUAUUUAUCAGCCUGUUGUUAGCUGUUUAUCAGCGCUACUACAAUUUAAAAAUCAUUCCAUCAUUUUUUAAAGAAUAAUGCAUGGGGAAUUGCACUUAAAAUAUACAUUUAUUAUUUCUGUUGCACUUACUGAAACAGAAUAAAUAGGAAAAACAUUUCUCAUUGAAACACUGCACUGGUUGUGAACAAACCUGUUGCUGUUUUUUUUAUGCAUUAUCAAAGUUAAUUUUUAUGCCUGUUUGAUGGCUCCAGCAUCAGGUUCCAAAAGUAAAAGUCCUCAAUAAAUGCAUGGGAAACUGGUGUAACUAAGUAUAUUACAUAGGGCGUAUGUAUGUAUAUAUACCUCCCCUCUUACAAGAUAUUUACAUCCUCAGUACAAUGGCUGCAGCACUGGCAGUAGCAUAACUAUAUACAUAUAGCCAAAUAGCUUUAAAGCUGCUGCCAAUAUGCCACUUAAACAAUAUAUCAGGAUAAGUGUUGCACAUGCUUCCUUAUGCACUCGCUUAUAUUAAUGCCUUAUACUCAAAGACCUAAAAUUUAGUUAUUUUACUCAGUGUAGUGCCAAUGUUUUUUUUACCUUUAGGUAUCAAUCUGAAAUAUUGUGAUAACUAAAAAGUUGUCUCAUUGUAGAGUUGGUUGUUUUGUUCUAGUGUUAUCACUCACGAUAUUUGUGUGCAUUGAUUGUGGUCUGCCAUAAUGCCAGUUAGUUUUGGUCACUUUGCCUUCCAUAUUUAAAUUAGCAAAGUAACCGUUGAUCCUAAACUAAGGGUGUUUUUUUUCCCCAGUGAUAUGAUCAUUGACUUCAUCCAGUUUUCAUCUCUGUUCAGGAAACUGACCUCAUAAAUAUAUAUAUCAGUAUUAAACAUGCAGUCACAGUAGAAACUCAGCACAGUACUGGUAAUUAUAAUCUAUGCAUAUUUAGUGCUUUUGUCUUUCUGUUGUGAUUUCAUUGUUUUAUAUUUUCAGCGAAAGCUUCAAAACGUGUCUGAUGUAUCAUGUUUUAGCUUCUAAUAGAAAAAGGUAAUGUGCCUUAAGUGUUAUCAAACAGAAAGAUUAAGCUUGCUAAUAAAGCACCUCUUAUUCAAUACAAA